AUGGCCCCCUUUCAUUACCUAUGCUCACAAAUAGAAAACAGCUUCCGCUGGAAACUACGUAGAAUCGCAGUCCCAUCAACAAAAACCAAUCGAGCAAUCUGCCAAAUCCUAUACCAUGAGGGCUUCCUCUCCGGAAUAGCAACUGGAAACACCAAAGGACCAUACGCAUACGCUUACAAUGCAUCUGUAACUCCCGAUAACGUCGCUGAACAACGGCUAUGGCUCGAUUUAAAGUAUAGAGAUGGAUUACCGGCUCUAAGCUCGUUAAAAGUCGUAUCAAAACCAUCGAGGAAGGUGUCGCUGACUGCUGAUGAAGUCAAACUGAUGGCUGGAAUGAGGAAGGCGUCUACUCUCAUCAAACCAAUGCAGAUUGGACAGGUUACCAUACUCUCAACUCCUGCUGGAAUCGUCGAGCUGAAUGCUGCACUGAAAUUCAAUGCCGGUGGUGAAGUGCUUUGCAUUGCCACGUAG